GCCGCUGUCCCGGGCCGGGCCGGGCCGCGAGGAGCCUUCGCGCCGCCAGCAGAUCAUCCACAGCGGCCACUUCAUGGUGUCGUCGCCGCACCGCGAGCACCCGCCCAAGAAGGGCUACGAUUUCGACACGGUCAACAAGCAGACGUGCCAGACCUACAGCUUCGGCAAGACCAGCUCCUGCCACCUGUCCAUCGACGCCUCGCUCACCAAGCUCUUCGAGUGCAUGACCCUGGCCUACAGUGGGAAGUUGGUGUCUCCGAAGUGGAAGAACUUCAAGGGCCUGAAGCUCCAGUGGAGAGACAAGAUCCGGCUCAACAACGCCAUCUGGCGGGCGUGGUACAUGCAGUAUUUGGAGAAACGCAAGAAUCCCGUUUGCCACUUUGUCACUCCUUUAGAUGGCUCCGUCGACGUGGAUGAGCAUCGCCGGCCAGAGGCCAUCACCACCGAGGGCAAGUACUGGAAGAGCCGCAUUGAGAUUGUGAUCCGGGAGUACCACAAGUGGAGAACCUACUUCAAGAAAAGGCUCCAGCAGCACAAGGAUGAGGACCUCUCCAGCCUGGCCCAGGACGAUGACAUGCUCUACUGGCACAAACACGGGGACGGAUGGAAGACUCCGGUCCCCAUGGAGGAGGACCCGCUGCUGGACACAGACAUGCUCAUGUCCGAAUUCAGCGACACCCUCUUCUCUACACUCUCAUCACAUCAGCCGGUGGCCUGGCCCAACCCCCGGGAAAUAGCACAUCUGGGGAACGCGGACAUGAUCCAGCCGGGCCUGAUCCCUCUGCAGCCCAACCUGGACUUCAUGGACACCUUCGAACCCUUCCAGGACCUCUUCUCUGAAAGAGGCCGCUCCAUUUUUGGCUCCAUGCUGCCUGCACCUUCCUCAGCACCAGCUCCCGAUCCCAACAGCCCACCUGCUCAGGAGAGCGUCCUGCCGGCCACCGCACUCCCCACCGUGAACCUUCCUGACAGCCUCAUAGCAACACCCACGGCCGCCUCCCUGGGCCCUGCAGAAGGCCAGGGCCCUGCCGAGUCGCCGCUGAGCGUCUCCCAGCCCUUCCUUCCUGUCUUCACCCUGCCCUUGCUGCCCCCUAGCCCUGCCCCAGCACCCGUCCCCCCGGCCCUGCCAGUAGUUCCUCCUCCCGCCCCUGCCGUAACCCCCCCAGCUCCCUCUGCCUUCCUGCCGCCGCAGAAGGUCACUGGGGUCAGCAAGUCGCCCUCUGUCAUCACCCACACAGCCUCUGCCACCCUCACCCACGAUGCCUCCGCCACCACCUUCAGCCAGAGCCAGGGCCUUCUGCUCACCGCCCGCCACCCCACCCCAUCAGUGCCCCCCUGUGGCCUAGCAUUGUCUCCUGUCACCCGACCACCAGCUGUUGGGCCUCCCCAGCCCCAUUUAACUUUUGUGCACCCCAAGCCCGUCUCCUUGACUGGGGGGAGGCCCAAGCAGCCUCCCAAAAUAGUGCCUGCCCCCAAACCAGAGCCCGUGUCCUUGGUGCUGAAGAACGCCCGCCUCACCCCAGCUGCCUUUCCAGGCCAGCCACAAGCAGUGAUUAUGACGUCCGGCCCCCUGAAGAGAGAAGGGUUGUUGGCCUCCACUGUGUCCCAGCCCAGCGUGGUCCUCGCGCCUGCCACCAUCACCAGGGCUCCUGGAGUCACGGAGUUCCACAGCGGCAUCCUGGUGACAGAGCUCAGCCACAGCACCAACAGCCAGCCCGCCCCCGGCCCCCGGCUCUUCUCUCCUAGCACGGUGCAGGACUCCCUGGUGAAGGGCGAGCAGGCCCCGCUGCACGGGUGCAGCCCCCAGGUGCCCACCGCAGGGCCCAGUCGUGACUGCCCAAACUCAGGACAGGCCUCUCCGUGCGCGUCAGAACAGAGCCCCAGUCCUCAGUCUCCCCAGAACAACUGCUCAGGGAAAUCUGCAGACCCCAAAAACGUGACUGCACUAAAGAACCGGCAGAUGAAGCACAUCUCAGCCGAGCAGAAGAGGCGCUUCAACAUCAAGAUGGGCUUCGACACCCUGAACAGGCUCAUCUCCAACAGCUCCAAGCUGACCAGCCACGCCAUCACGCUGCAGAAGACGGUGGAGUACAUCACCAAGCUGCAGCAGGAGAGGAGCCAGAUGCAGGAGGAGGCGCGGCGGCUGCGCGAAGAGAUCGAGGAGCUGAACGCCACCCUCCUCUCCUGCCAGCAGCUGCUCCCCGCCACAGGCGUCCCUGUCACCCGGCGCCACUUCGAUCACAUGAGGGACAUGUUCGACGAGUAUGUGAAAAGCCGGACCCUGCAGAAUUGGAAGUUCUGGAUUUUCAGCAGCAUCAUCAAGCCGCUGUUCGAGUCGUUCAAGGGCGUGGUGUCCACCAGCAGCCUGGAGGAGCUGCACCGCACGGCGCUGUCCUGGCUGGACCAGCACUGCUCCCUGCCCGUCCUCCGGCCAAUGGUGCUGAACACGCUGCGGCACCUGAGCACCACCACCUCCAUCCUCACGGACCCGGCCCGGCUGCCUGAGCAGGCCUCAGAGGCUG